UCCCUCCGCCGCUGAGCCGUGUGUGUGUGUGAGCGUGUGUGUGUGUGUGUCCGUGUGUGUGUGCGUGCGCGGAGGCGAUGCUGCAGCUCGGCGGGGCCCCGCCGCUCCAUGGCGCGGCCGCCGCCGCCGCCGCUGCCUCCUCCUCCUCCUCCUCGCUCCCUCGCUGCCCCUGAGCAGCGGAGCGGAGCCGCGGAGCCGGGCAGGGCGGCGAACCCCAGCCCCGCUCCGCCAUGCCCCGCGAGCAGGCGGCCUGAGAGCCGAGGCAUUACCGAGACCGCCGCGCCGGGGCUGGGCUCCCUGCACCGCACCAUGGACGCCUUAUUUUUGAAAACCAUCUGAUUUUUUGGGGAGGAGGAGGAGGAGGAGGAGAAGAAGAAGAAGGG